UGUUUAGGUUUGUAGUGUGACCUGGGAAUAUAUCACUGGUCUACGGCAGAUCACAGUAGACCACAGUGCGCCUUGCGAGUUGUGUCAAUUCUCAGUGAUGUGUGUCUCACGUUAUGAUGUGAUACUGGCGUAGUCGACUCCAGUUGAGUUAAAACAAACGUUGAUUAAGGAGAAAUUUUACGAUUUGAUAGUUAACGGCCAGAUCGAAAGUUGAGUCAAAAAGUAUACAAGCGUAAUGUCAGAGAUAGUUGAAGAAUUUGUGAGUUAAAACACAGGCCUAAAGCCACAUCCAGACAAUACAACAUCUAUCAACUUUUCUUGACUCAGCAGCAAGGUGAAUGCUUUUGAGUUUUGAACCACCAAUCAGCAUGACUUGUGAAGACGCCAGUGAUCGUCAUGACAACGAGUUUCAUUCUCUGAGAACUCAGCCCAGAGAAUUCCUGGAUCAGAUCAAGGGGAGAUCACUCUGUCCAAAAUGUGGAAAAUCUAGGAAGUUUUAUUGUUACACUUGCUAUAUCCUCAUGGAAGAUGUCAAAACAAAGUUAAAACAAGUAAAGCUACCGGUUAAAGUGGAUAUCAUCAAGCAUCCAAAUGAGGUGGAUGGCAAGAGUACAGCUCCCCACGCCAGAGUUAUCUCCCCUGAUGAUGUGACCAUCUACACAUACCCUUGUAUUCCUGAUUACGACAAGGAGAAGGUGAUUCUAGUGUUUCCCAGUGAGGAAUCUGUGACCUUGAAUCAGCUGAAGGUACCUAAAAUACAGGUGGAGAAAUCUGUGAACAGUUCGAUCAGCACAAGUGAAACAGACCGAAACUCAGGCGUGGCACAUCAAGUUUUAAAUGAAACUUCUGACGAGAGAAAAUCUACUGGUGUGCAUCAGGACUGCAAAACAGAACCUGACUUGAAUGAUUUGUGUAGUACAGGCCAAAGUGAUUGUGAUCGAAAGCGGAAAACAUCAAUAUCCGCAAGUGAAGGUUGUGGACACGAUAGCGAAGAGAAACAAAUAAAGCUGGAUGAAAGAGGCAGUAUAGCAAAGGUCAUAGGUCACGGAGCAGAGUUUGACAAUUCGGAUGUGUCACAGUGUCAUCCAUCCUUUGAUCGGGUCAUCUUUAUCGACAGCACAUGGCUGCAAUCUAAGAAGAUUUUCAGCGAUGAGAGACUGAAAGGUAUACGACAGGUGGAGAUCAAGACAAGGCUGACCAAGUACUGGCGACCACAAGGCAACCACCCAGACACCUAUUUGGCGACCAUCGAGGCCAUAUACUACUUUUGUGUGGACUUUCAUAAAGUGUUUAUUUCAGACGAUUAUGCAGGAGACUAUGAUAAUCUGCUCUUCUUCUUUCUUUAUACAUACGACAAAGUGAAGUUAUCCAAGAACAGCAAAAAAGCAUGCAAAAGAUAGGGAAAACUACGUUAGGAGUUUUUUUGUGG